CUUGGUUUUACUCUUGGCAAUGUGGUUGGGAUGUAUCUGGCUCAGAACUAUGAUAUUCCUAACAUUGCGAAGAAGCUUGAAGAUUUUAAGAAGGAUGUGGAAGCUAAGAAGAAACCUCCCAGCGACAAGUCCUAAGAGAGCAAUGUUACCCAGAUCACCUCUGUGCAUGCAUCAAGGAUGCAAUUUACCUUUCAGGCAACAAAGAUCAAGUAGAGGGUUGGCAUGGGAUGUUCCUCCACUUUUAGUCUUCUAGGACUGGAAUGGAAUGUCCUUCUUUUGAAAGAGCAGCCGUGAACUUUCCCUGGGACUGAUUUUCAAGGGUUUCAGAAUUUGGAUUUGCAGCUGAUACGUGACUGGAUAAGGUCGUUUGUAUUUGUCAUUAUUGCUUUUCCUAAUAUUUUGUAACCUAUUUUUACCUGAUCCAACUGGAGUCCUUUUGGUCCUGUUCCUAUGCGUACCUCACACUUUGUAACACCCUAGUUCUUAGAACAUCGCAAAAGAAAUUAAAUGCAUUAAGAAGUAA